GGUUUCAGUAAGUGAAAGCCAAACUAAGAGUAGAAAAGAAAGAGCGAGCAUCGGAUACGCUGUAAUGGCGGACAGUUCAUUGGGUCCCUCAUUUUGUUGCAAUACUAGUAUCAUUACUCCACCACCUCUUCUUCUUCUUCAAAAUUUUCAUUUCCAUUUUCCUUCUAGAAAAUCUCUCUCAAUGUCUGCUUUUCAUCGCCUUUGCCUCUCUAAUUCUAUUUCUAUUUCUAAUUCAAAUCCAAACCCUGUCCAACCUUCUCUCCUCGUCUUCUCCGGCGGUACCGCCUUUAACGGCGUCGUAGAAGAGCUUAAGAAGUUUACCACACGUGUUGCUCACGUUCUUCCCGUUUCUGACGACGGUGGAAGCACUGCCGAAAUUGUUCGCGUUCUCGGUGGUCCGGCUGUCGGAGAUAUACGGUCGAGGUGUUUGAGGUUGUCGGACGAGAGUAGUUCAGAGGCACUUGCAGUUCGUAGGUUGCUUGGUCAUCGUUUGCCACUUGAUUCGCAACAAGCCAAAUCAGAAUGGUAUGAUAUUGUGGAAGGAGAACAUUCCCUAUGGAAUGGAGUGUCAAGACCUUAUAGGGAAACCAUUCGAGCUUUUCUUGCUUAUUUUCAGAAUGAGAUCCUCCGGCGGCCUAGUGAAUCAUUUUGUUUCAGCAAUGGCAGCAUUGGAAAUUUUUUCUUUGCAGGAGCACGCAUAUUCUUUCAGUCUUUAGAUGCUGCAAUAUUUUUGUUUUCACGAGUUUCAGAUAUUCCCUCAGAAAGUCAGGUCCUCCCAGUCAUCUCCACCAAUGACAGACUCACAUUAGGGUGUGAACUCUGGGAUGGGACUGUAAUAAGGGGCCAGAAUGAAAUUUCUCACCCAACCAAUGGAUCCAUGGGGCCUGUAAAAAAGGAAAGGUCUGCAGUUCCUGAACUUCCUUCAAGAAUAAAGCGGGUGUUCUACAUGUCUAGUGAGGGCAGAAAUCUGUUACAUGAGGUCUUCCCUACAGCCAACCCGAUUGUCCUGGAUCAGUUGAAUAGUGUGGACUGUAUUGUUUAUGCUAUGGGAUCUCUCUUUACUUCCUUAUGCCCAUCGUUGGUAUUACUAGGCAUCGGGGAGAUAAUUUCUUCCAGGUCCUGUCCUAAGGUACUUCUGUUGAAUGGUUCACAAGAUCGAGAAACAAGUGGCUUCUCUGCUUCUUGCUUUGUAACUGCCAUUACAGAUGCUCUAAAUCGAACAUAUGGAGAUCCUCAUAAUUCUCUUAAAAACUCUCCAAGUCAGUAUAUCAACACCCUUUUGGUGCCUAAAGAUGGCGAGAUUCCCUUGGACAUUCAAAAUUUGGCUUCCCAAGGAAUCUUUGAUGUGGUAUUUAUUCUUAUUGUAAUCAUUCUGAUUGGCAUCCAACACUUAGAAUACAUUGUUCACUUUGCUUGAUUACAACAGUUUUACUUGGAUAUUAACAUGCUUUUGCAGAUCGUUGUUGAUUCCGUACGCGAUCCAAAAGUUGGUGUAAUAUUUGACCCUAAGUCAUUAAUACAAGCUAUUGCUGACUUGGUAAAUAAGUGCAUGAAUACAAACGCAAGAAGGGCUCAAUCAAACUGAUGGUGCACUGAAAUUCUGGAGGAACCAUUAUUAAUUUUCACAUGACCAUCAGAUUCAUCAGUCUGUUGGCUCCAUUCCUCCGAGGUGACUUUUCCCACUUUUUCUGUUGUCUGAUUACUCAUCAAAAUGCUGGAUGUACUGGAGAUCUGCAGUGGCUCUCAUUUGCUGUGUUAAAACCGUAAGGUAUUUUUCGAUCACAUAGAAAAGAUAGCUUUGCUAAAUUUGGCAUAGAUGUCUGAAAUUUGGAGACUAAGCCUUUAUUGUAAUUGUACUUGUGUUUAAAACAGAAAGAUAAUAUGCCAAAUGUGGCAUGGUUAACUGUAUGUAUGAGCCUGAUUUUUUUU